UAUUUUAGUUGCUAAAUCCACCACUCUCAUUCCCUCUCGCGCCCAAUUCGCCUUCUCUUUCUCCCUCCGAAUCCAUUUCUGAAGCUCUCUCUCUCUCUCUCUCUCUCUGUUCCUUCACCGUGCCGAUAAUUUUAUUUUCCAAUUUCAAUCAAAUUCUCGCUGCGAAUCAAAGACAGACACGAACCGGACUUGAAUUUUUGGGAUCCAGUUUUUCAAAGCUACGAAUUUGAUCCCUCCUUUCUGGUAGCUUGACAUGUAUAUAGUGUGAAUGAGUAUUUGUUAGAUUUAUGAAGCAAUAUUAAUAUGGAAGAAGAAGAAGAAACACAAAAAGUCACGGAAGUUUCUGAGAUGGAUCCAGAUAGUCAUGAAGUAACCAGUGGUGUACAGGAUAGUGUAGGAUCUUCUUACCAUGAAAAUCGCGAUACUACCAAUGGAAUUGGUGCAGAGAUUGAAGAUAAAAAUGUAGGUUUUCUAGGAGUUGAUUAUGUGACUACAGUUGUGGAUGAAGAACAGUUUGAGCAGGUAUCUUUGAAAGAUCAAGAGAAGUUGGCUGGUGAAUCUCAAGGUGGUAAUCUGGAUUCAAAGUACUCUCCAAAUUCAGAUCAUGUAAGACACUCAUCCAAUCAGUUUGAAGAUGCUUCUCAAUUAUCUGGCACAUUUGUGGCAGAAAUUGAUUCUUCUGCAGUUGCUGAGAUGAAGCAUGAUCACCCUCUAUCAGGCCCUGGGCAAGAGAGACAAUUAGGUCAUACCAUCAAGCAAUCUUCCUCGUCGACCACUCUUGAUUCUGCUGCAUAUUCUCCCAUUGGUUCACCACCAAAGCCUAGGCCAAAAGCUGUUAUGCCGAAUGUGUCUCCAGAGUUGUUGCAUUUAGUGGAUUCUGCAAUUAUGGGGAAGCCUGAAAGUUUGGACAAACUAAAGAAUAUUGUGAGUGGUGAGGAUAAUUUUGGAAGUGGGGAUGAAAUGGACAGCGUUGCAUUCUUGGUAGUUGAUUCACUUCUUGCGACAAUGGGUGGUGUUGAAAGUUUUGAAGAGGAUGAGGAUAACAAUCCUCCUAGUGUUAUGCUAAACUCCCGGGCUGCCAUAGUGGCGGGCGAGCUUAUUCCUUGGCUUCCAUGGGUAGGUGAUUCUGAGGUUAUCUUGUCACCUAGGACACGUAUGGUUAGGGGAUUGCUUGCUAUAUUACGAGCUUGCACGAGAAAUAGAGCAAUGUGCUCAUUGGCUGGUUUGUUAGGAGCUCUUUUAAACUCGGCAGAGAAGAUUUUUGUUCAGGAAGUUGGUUCGACAGAGCAAAUGAGAUGGGAUGGAACUCCUUUAUGCUACUGCAUCCAAUACUUAGCUGGGCAUUCACUCAGUGUUGUUGAUUUGCAUAGAUGGUUUCAAGUCAUUACAAGAACGCUUACCACUGUAUGGUCGACUCGCUUAAUGCUUGCCUUGGAGAAAGCAAUGCGUGGAAAGGAGUCAAAGGGACCAGCACGUACAUUUGAGUUUGAUGGUGAAAGCUCUGGUUUGCUUGGGCCUGGUGAGAGUCGUUGGCCAUUUACUAAUGGUUAUGCAUUUGCAACGUGGAUCUAUAUUGAAUCAUUUGCAGACACAUUAAAUACAGCCACUGCUGCUGCUGCAAUUGCUGCUGCUGCAGCGGCCAAGUCUGGAAAAUCAUCAGCUAUGUCAGCAGCUGCUGCUGCCAGUGCACUUGCUGGUGAAGGCACAGCACACAUGCCGCGGCUAUUCAGUUUCUUAUCUGCUGAUAAUCAUGGGAUAGAGGCGUACUUUCAUGCACAGUUUUUAGUGGUUGAAAGUGGUAGUGGAAAGGGAAAGAAGGCUUCUUUGCAUUUUACUCAUGCAUUUAAGCCGCAAUGCUGGUAUUUUGUUGGUCUGGAGCAUACUUGCAAGCAAGGGCUGCUUGGGAAAUCAGAGAGUGAACUCAGAUUGUAUAUUGAUGGAUCCUUGUACGAAAGUCGUCCUUUUGAGUUCCCUCGGAUCUCCAAGCCACUUGCAUUUUGUUGUAUUGGGACAAAUCCUCCUCCUACAAUAGCUGGUUUACAACGUCGGCGUCGUCAGUGCCCUUUAUUUUCUGAGAUGGGGCCUAUUUAUAUCUUUAAGGAACCAAUUGGUCCAGAAAGGAUGGCACGGUUGGCUUCUAGAGGAGGAGAUGUGCUGCCUUCUUUUGGUAUUGGUGCAGGACUACCAUGGUUAGCGACAAAUGAUCAUGUCCAAAGUAUGGCAGAGGAAAGUUCUCUUUUGGAUGCAGAAAUUGGUGGAUGCAUUCACCUUCUCUAUCACCCCAGUUUGCUUAGUGGGAGAUUCUGUCCAGAUGCUUCUCCUUCGGGUGCCGCAGGCAUGCUCCGACGACCAGCUGAGGUUCUUGGGCAAGUCCAUGUUGCUACAAGGAUGCGACCAGUGGAGGCUUUGUGGGCCUUGUCCUAUGGCGGUCCCAUGUCUUUGCUUCCUCUAGCAAUAAGCAAUGUUGAUAAAGAUAGCUUAGAUCCACAGCCAGGGAAUCUUCCUUUAUCAUUGGCCACUGCCACUCUUGCUGCCCCAAUAUUCCGAAUUAUUUCUAUGGCUAUCCAACAUCCUUGGAACAAUGAAGAGCUGUGCCGUACCAGAGGGCCUGAGAUUCUGUCAAGAAUCUUAAAUUACCUUUUGCAAACUUUGUCUUUUCUUGAAGCUGGAAAGAGUGAUGGUGUUGGAAAUGAGGAACUUGUUGCAGCCAUUGUCUCUCUUUGUCAAUCUCAAAAGACUAAUCAUGCCCUCAAAGUGCAGCUUUUUGGCACGCUGCUAUUGGAUCUGAAAAUUUGGAGCCUAUGCAACUAUGGACUACAAAAGAAGCUUCUGUCAUCACUGGCAGACAUGGUUUUCACAGAGUCAUCAGUAAUGCGAGAUGCAAAUGCCAUUCAGAUGCUUCUUGACGGCUGCAGAAGAUGCUAUUGGACAAUUCGUGAGAAGGACUCAGUAAAUACUUUUUCUCUAAAUGAGGCAACACGUCCAGUUGGUGAAGUGAAUGCUUUGGUUGACGAACUCCUGGUGAUUAUUGAACUUCUAGUAGGAGCAGCACCUCCUUCUUUGGCUUCAUAUGAUGUCCGUUGUUUGCUAGGGUUCAUGGUUGACUGCCCACAACCCAAUCAGGUUGCAAGGGUGUUGCAUCUGAUUUAUCGGUUGGUAGUACAGCCGAAUACAUCUAGAGCUCAAAUGUUUGCAGAGGCAUUCCUAGCAUGUGGUGGGAUAGAGACACUUCUUGUUCUGCUGCAACGGGAAGCUAAAGCCGGUGACUAUAGUGUUCCUGAAAUUGUGACUGAGAGUGAUGAAAAUUUGUCAGUCCAGAUACCUGAAGUAGAUUGUGGUAGUGGAGUUCCUGAGAGAAGUUGUGAUGAUGUGGCAUCCGUGGAGGAAAAAGAAUCUGUUUCGCAUGAGAAAGAUUUUGAUUCUCAUCCCCUUGAAAGUGGUACCAGUCCUGUUGCCUUUUCCCCCAGUGUGAAAAUCGAAAGGAUAGCAUCUGCUUCUGAGAAUCCUUUAAUUAAGAACUUGGGUGGUAUAAAUCUAUCGAUUAGUGCUGACAAUGCGAGAAAUAAUGUUUACAACAGUGACAAAAGUGAUGGGAUUGUUGUUGGGAUCAUAGGGCUCUUAGGUGCUUUAGUAGCAUCGGGGCAUUUGAAAGUUGGUUCAGGUGCUUCUUCGGAUAUGACAAGCAACAUUUUCGGUAGUGGGCUGCAUGACGGAGGUGGUACUAUGUUUGAUGAUAAAGUUUCUCUUCUACUUUAUGCUUUGCAGAAGGCUUUCCAAGCAGCACCGAAUCGGCUCAUGACUGGCAAUUUAUACACAGCUUUACUUGGGGCUUCGAUUAAUGCUUCUUCGACUGAUGAUGUGCUGAACUUUUAUGAUUCUGGUCAUCGCUUUGAACAUUCGCAACUUUUGUUGGUUCUUUUGCGUUCACUUCCAUAUGCAUCUAGGAGCUUGCAAAGUCGAGCUCUACAGGAUCUUCUGUUUUUGGCUUGCAGUCAUCCAGAAAAUAGAAGCAGUCUGACAAAAAUGGAGGAAUGGCCUGAAUGGAUUCUGGAAAUUCUUAUCUCUAACUAUGAGAUGGGUGCAAGCAAAAACUCUAAUUCUACAAGCUUUGGAGACAUAGAGGACCUCAUACAUAGCUUCCUGAUUAUCAUGUUAGAGCACUCAAUGCGCCACAAGGAUGGAUGGAAGGAUAUUGAAGCUACAAUUCAUUGUGCAGAAUGGCUUUCUAUUGUGGGUGGAUCUAGCACGGGAGACCAGCGGAUCAGACGCGAAGAAUCGUUGCCUAUAUUCAAAAGAAGGCUCUUGGGUGGCUUGCUUGACUUUGCUGCAAGAGAAUUGCAGGUUCAGCAGACUCAAGUUAUUGCUGCAGCUGCUGCUGGUGUUGCGGCUGAGGGGUUAUCACCAAGAGAUUCUAGAGCAGAAGCAGAGAAUGCUGCUCAGCUUUCUGUGGCUCUGGUUGAGAAUGCAAUUGUUAUACUAAUGCUUGUUGAGGAUCAUUUACGGUUACAGAGCAAACUCUCCUGGGCUUCCUGUACUACAGAUGGUUCUGCAUCUCCCCUCUCUCGUGUGUCUCCUUUGAAUAACCGCUCAAAUUCAUCAACUACAGCUGGCAGAGAAUCAUUAGAAGCUCUGGGUGAUCGCAGAUUAUCAUCGAGUGAUACUGGGGGACUCCCUCUUGAUGUCCUUGCAUCGAUGGCUGGUGGAAAUGGGCAAAUUCCUGCAUUAGUGAUGGAACGCCUUACUGCAGCAGCAGCGGCUGAGCCCUAUGAAUCUGUUGCCUGUGCAUUUGUGUCAUAUGGGAGUUGUGCUAUGGAUAUAGCUGAGGGUUGGAAAUAUAGGAGCCGAUUAUGGUAUGGUGUUGGUCUUCCUGCCAAAACAGCCAUCUUUGGUGGUGGUGGCAGUGGCUGGGAAUCUUGGAAGUCUGCUUUGGAAAAAGAUGCAAAUGGAAACUGGAUUGAACUUCCUCUUGUAAAGAAGUCUGUUGCAAUGCUCCAAGCUUUAUUGUUAGAUGAAUCUGGACUUGGUGGUGGUCUUGGUAUUGGUGGGGGAUCUGGUACUGGCAUGGGAGGAAUGGCAGCACUGUACCAGUUGUUGGACAGUGACCAACCAUUCUUAUGCAUGCUCCGGAUGGUGCUUCUUUCCAUGAGGGAAGAAGAUGAUGGUGAAGACACUAUGCUUAUAAGGAAUGUAACUGUAGAGGAAGGCAUGCCAGAAGGACGGAAACCGCGCUCAGCUUUGUUGUGGAGUGUGCUUUCGCCUGUCCUAAACAUGCCAAUUUCAGAUUCCAAGAGACAGAGAGUUUUGGUAGCAUCUUGUGUUCUUUAUUCUGAGGUAUGGCAUGCUGUUGGCAGGGACAGAAAGCCUCUUCGCCGGCAGUACCUUGAGUCCAUUUUACCACCAUAUGUUGCUGUUCUGAGGAGGUGGCGGCCACUUUUGGCUGGUAUUCAUGAACUUGCUACUGCUGAUGGUUUGAAUCCUCUUAUUGUUGAUGACCGUGCGUUAGCUGCUGAUGCCCUACCAAUCGAGGCUGCUCUUGCCAUGAUAUCUCCAGCUUGGGCUGCUGCUUUUGCAUCACCACCUGCUGCAAUGGCAUUGGCAAUGAUUGCAGCUGGUGCUUCUGGUGGUGAAUCCCCAGUUCCUGCAACACCUACACAUCUUAGGCGUGACACCUCGUUGCUUGAGAGGAAAACAGCUAGGCUUCAUACAUUUUCGAGCUUUCAAAAACCUUUGGAGGUGCUUAACAAAGAACCAGCUCUUCCCAAGGACAAAGCUGCUGCAAAAGCUGCUGCCUUGGCAGCUGCCCGUGAUCUUGAACGCAAUGCAAAGAUUGGUUCUGGAAGGGGCCUCAGUGCUGUGGCAAUGGCCACUUCUGCACAACGGAGGAAUGGUAGUGACAUGGAACGCGUGAAGAGAUGGAAUGUAUCGGAAGCCAUGGGAGUUGCCUGGAUGGAAUGUUUGCAACCAGUUGAUACAAGAUCGGUUUACGGGAAAGAUUUUAAUGCUCUUUCCUACAAAUACAUUGCUGUCCUUGUUGCAAGCUUUGCUCUGGCAAGGAACAUGCAACGAUCAGAGAUUGACAGGCGUACUCAAGUUGAUGUGAUAGCUCGUCAUCAUUUAUCCACUGGAAUUCGUGCAUGGCGCAAACUCAUCCAUUGCUUGAUAGAGAUGAAAUGUCUCUUUGGGCCAUUUGGUGACCAUUUAUGCAACCCUGCACGUGUUUUUUGGAAGCUAGACUUAAUGGAAAGUUCUUCAAGGAUGAGACUUUGUUUGAGGAGGAACUAUAGAGGGUCUGAUCACCUUGGUGCUGCUGCCAAUUACGAUGAUCAUAUUGAGACGAAACAGAAUCAAGAGAAUGUCAUAAAUUCGUCAAAUGCUCCUAUUCUAGCAGCAGAAGCCAUCUCGGUGGAGCUAGUCAAUGAAGAAGAUGAGCAAGUGGAAAUAGACAAUUUGGAUGUCAGAGCCCAUGAAACAGAAGGAAAUGCUGAUAAUCAGCCAAGGCCAUCUGGAACAACUGAGCAAGCCCUGCAGGCAUCCCUGAAAAGUGAUAAUCAACUGGCUGGUGAUCAAGACUUGGUCCAAAGUUCAUCACCAGUUGCACCUGGGUAUGUUCCGAGUGAACUUGAUGAAAGAAUAGUUCUUGAGCUUCCUUCAUCAAUGGUUCGGCCACUGAGGGUUAUAAGAGGAACCUUUCAAGUAACAAAUAGGAGAAUAAAUUUUAUAGUUGAUAAUAGGGAUAGUAACAUUGCAGCAGACGAGUUGGAAUGUAGUUCUGAAUUGAGAGACCAAGAAAAGGAUCACAGCUGGUUGAUGUCUUCUCUUCAUCAAAUAUAUAGCCGAAGGUAUCUCCUGAGGAGGAGUGCUUUGGAACUGUUUAUGGUCGACUGCUCAAAUUUCUUCUUUGAUUUUGGGAGUGUUGAGGGGCGAAGAAAUGCAUAUCGAGCUAUUGUUCAAGCACGUCCUCCUCAUUUGAACAAUAUAUAUUUGGCGACUCAGAGACCUGAUCAACUCCUGAAGAGAACUCAGCUUAUGGAACGAUGGGCGAGGUGGGAGAUCAGCAAUUUUGAAUAUCUAAUGCAGCUAAAUACACUGGCUGGGCGUAGUUAUAAUGACAUCACUCAGUAUCCAGUAUUUCCAUGGAUUCUUUCUGACUACUGUUCAAAGAGUUUGGAUCUUGCCGAUCCUUCUUCUUAUAGAGAUCUUUCAAAGCCUGUUGGUGCAUUGAAUCCUGAUCGUCUUAAAAAAUUCCAAGAGAGAUAUUCUAGCUUUGAGGAUCCCAUCAUCCCCAAAUUCCACUAUGGUUCACACUACUCAAGUGCUGGAACAGUUUUAUAUUACCUUGUUAGGGUUGAACCAUUUACAACUCUUUCGAUUCAAUUGCAAGGUGGCAAAUUCGAUCAUGCAGAUCGGAUGUUUUCAGAUAUUGCAUCUACUUGGAAUGGAGUUCUUGAGGACAUGAGUGAUGUGAAGGAAUUGGUUCCUGAGCUGUUUUACCUCCCUGAGAUCUUAACCAAUGAGAACUCGAUUGAUUUUGGUACAACACAGUUAGGUGGAAAGCUUGAUGCUGUCGAACUUCCUCCUUGGGCUGAAAACCCAAUUGAUUUCAUUCAUAAGCAUCGGAAGGCUCUUGAGAGCGAGCAUGUAUCUGCCCAUUUGCAUGAGUGGAUCGAUCUUGUUUUUGGGUAUAAGCAACGAGGCAAAGAAGCUAUAUUGGAAAAUAAUGUGUUCUUUUACAUCACCUACGAAGGGACAGUUGAUAUUGAUAAGAUCUUGGACCCAGGACAACAGCGUGCUACACAAGACCAGAUCGCGUACUUUGGACAAACCCCAUCCCAACUUCUGACUGUCCCUCACUUGAAGAAGAUGCCAUUAGCUGAUGUUCUUCAUUUGCAGACCAUCUUUCGCAAUCCAAAAGAAGUUAGACCAUAUGCUGUUCCAGGGCCUGAUCGCUGCAAUCUACCUGCAGCUGCUAUUCAUGCUUCUUCAGAUACUGUUGUAAUUGUUGAUAUAAAUGCACCAGCAGCUCAUGUUGCACAGCACAAGUGGCAGCCCAACACACCUGAUGGCCAGGGUACACCAUUCCUGUUUCAACAUGGAAGGGCCUCAACAAGCUCCACUGGUGGAACACUUAUGCGCAUGUUCAAAGGACCGGCUGGAUCUGGUACUGAUGAAUGGCACUUUCCCCAAGCUCUAGCAUUUGGUACAUCUGGGAUCAGAAGCUCGGCUAUAGUUUCAAUUACAUGUGACAAAGAAAUUAUCACUGGUGGACACAUGGAUAAUAGUAUCAAGCUAAUAUCAUCAGAUGGAGCAAGAACCUUAGAAACAGCCCAUGGGCAUUGUGCUCCAGUCACUUGCCUUGGUCUCUCACCUGAUAGCAACUACCUUGUAACGGGAUCGAAGGACACGACAGUACUACUUUGGAGAAUACAUAGAGCAUUUACUUCUCACUCAGGCAAAGUAUCAGAGCCUUCCACUGGGACAGGCACAUCAACUUCAACCAGCAGUACUACUCUAUCAAACAUAUUGGCUGACAAAAGCAGGAAGCGCCGUAUUGAAGGUCCCCUACAUGUUCUUCGGGGCCACCAGAGGGAAAUACUCUGUUGUUGUGUCAGCUCUGAUCUUGGAGUUGUUGUUUCAUGCUCCCCUUCUUCGGAUGUUCUCCUGCAUUCCAUAAGAAGGGGCCGCUUGAUGAGAAGGCUGGCUGGCGUGGAGGCUGAUGCUGUCUGCCUUUCAUCUCAGGGGGUUGUAAUGACUUGGAAUAAAUCACAACAAACUCUCAGUACGUUCUCUCUUAAUGGCACUCCAAUUUCCAGGGCACAACUUCCUUUCUCUGGCAGCAUCAGUUGCAUGGAAAUAUCUGUAGAUGGGGAGAGUGCUUUGAUGGGAUUAAACUCAUGUUUGGAAAAUGAUAGCGGGGGUUUGAAGUUAAAGAAGCGAGGCACUGAAGAUCUUGAUCUGGAAUCAGAUGGAACUAAGAAAAUCAACAGAUUGGAUAUUCCAUCACCUUCAAUUUGCUUCCUGGAUCUGCAUACUCUUCAGGUAUUUCAUACAUUGAAGCUGGGAGAAGGGCAAGAUAUUACAGCUCUGGCUCUGAACAAGGAUAACACAAAUCUGUUGGUGUCAACUGCAGAUAAACAGUUGAUCAUAUUCACUGACCCAGCUCUAAGUUUGAAAGUGGUGGAUCAGAUGCUCAAGCUUGGCUGGGAAGGCGAUGGGCUCAGCCCUCUCAUAAAGUCGUAGCUUAGGCCAUUGAAUUUUAGUUUACCGGAGAAGAAACACAGAAUACAUUGAUAUCAUUAUACCACCUGGACAGAUACUGCAAGGGAAUUUUGGCUGCCCUAUUUGAAAUCAAGUCAAUUUUGUGACUUGUGGUUUGAAGACGUCUGUGGGUGUAACAUAAUUAAUAAUCUAGCAGAGCAAUCAUAUAUACAUAUAUAUAUAUAUAUAUAUGUCCAUAGAGUGCCAGGUUGUUAGACUUACUGUUAGGCAAUUUUUGUUUUUUGGUUUUUCAUUCAAUUGAGUUGUAAUGACGCCGUCAUUGAGAUUGAUGAGCUCUUCAUUUUUGUCCAUCAAUUUUUUUGAUAGAAAAUUAAAUGAAAUUAUAGUAAUAUGAGUUCUUGUAUUC